AAAAUGUUUAAAAUAUUUUAAAUAAUGUCAGUAAUUCUUCUUCGUAGAAAUAGCAUUUCUUCUUAUAAUCUUUUACGGCUAUAUCGAACUUGGCAAAAAGUUAAAAUGAAGAAUGAGUUGAUGCCAAUAAGCAGAUCUAAUCCAAUAAUUAAAAAAUUGGAUACUCCAUUAUUUCAUUCUAUAUUUACACCAGAACUUAAUGAGUUAGGACGAUUAUUUAAAAAAUAUAAUUAUGAACUAAAAAUUGCUGGUGGUGCUGUUAGAGAUAUGUUGAUGGAUAUAAAGCCAACAGAUUUGGAUUUUGCAACAGAUGCCACUCCAAAUGAAAUGAAAGACAUGUUCCAAAAAGAAAAUGUUAGAAUGAUUCAUUCUAAUGGGGAAAAACAUGGUACAGUUACUCCAAGAAUAAAUGACAAGGAAAAUUUUGAAGUAACCACACUCAGAAUUGACACACAUACUGAUGGUAGGCAUGCAAAAGUUGAAUUUACAAAAGAUUGGAAAUUAGAUGCUCUUCGUAGAGACCUUACAAUAAAUUCCAUGUUUCUUGAUUUUGAGGGAAGCGUAUAUGAUUACUUUUUUGGUUAUGAUGAUUUACAAAAAAAGAGAGUUACUUUUGUUGGAAGUGCAAAAUGUAGAAUUCAAGAAGAUUACCUUAGGAUUUUAAGGUAUUUUCGAUUUUAUGGAAGAAUUACAGAACAACCAGAUUCUCAUGAUGAGGAAACAGUAAUGGCAAUAAAAGAAAAUAUAUAUGGUUUGAAAGAUAUAUCUGGAGAGAGAAUCUGGAGUGAAUGGUCAAGAAUCUUUUCUGGAAAUUAUGCCAAAGAAUUAACAUUAAAAAUGUUGGAAUGUGGCAUUGCAAAAUAUGUUGGACUUCCAGAAAAUCCAAAUAUAGGAAAUUUUGAGGUUGUUUAUGAUGCAUCCAAGAAAAACAAUAUUUCUUUGCAACCAAUUACUUUUCUCGCUGUAAUGUUAAAGGAUGAGAAUGAGGUGCUUCAACUUCAUAAAAGACUAAAACUUUCUGCAUAUGAAAGGGAUUUAGCAUUCUUUUUAGUUCGAUAUUGGGAAGAUAAACCAUCACCCUCAGUGGAUCUUUUAAAGUUUUAUAAAAAACUUAUUAUUCAUUGGAAAGGAAAUACUGCUAAUGGAAAAAGUUAUAUUUGUGAAUUACUGAGAUGUAAACAACAUUUUAAUCUGGCUGAAGACUUAGAACAAUUUGUAAUACCGAGAUUUCCAGUUAAUGGAAUUAUAUUAAAAGAACUAGUGAAAAAAGGGAAGAUGGUGGGUAUUGUUUUGAAAGAACUGAAGGAUAUUUGGGUGGAUAAAAAUUUUGAAAUUAAUCGAGAAGAAUUAUUACAGGAAGUUCCGCGAAUUAUCAGUGAACUAGAAGAUAAGAGCUGA